CACGCAGGUUUAUGUUUAUCAAGACACACUGUUUAUAUUUCCUGGACUUGUGAACUUCAAAGUUCAAUAUUUACUAUGCCGUUUCGUUUUCUGCUUUAUCUUUUUGCUGAUCAUUGAGCUAGACAUUUCUAAAACAAACAGAAGACUGCACUUAACAAAAUGGAUAUAGCUACACAGGUUGUCAAGUUGAUGGAGACGUACAGAGGUCGCGACAAAGUGCUACGCAUUCUUACGUAUACGUCUAUGUUUUUGGCUGGACAACGCACGAGCCCAUCCGCGCAAAAACUACGAAUUUUAACGAAAGAAUUGAGUGGCUGUCGUGCUACACUUCGGUUAUUCGACGACUUGUCAAUGUUACUUAACAAUCUCAAAUAUGGGAUUGGUGAGCAGGAACACAAUAUCUCACUACGACUUCUUGACCUGAGCAGCAACAUGGCUAAUCAACUAUACUACAUUGUGGAACACAUCGCCUGGUUCGCAGAUAAGCAGAUCGUCUCUCGAUCUUCGUCAGUGUGGUGGAUUGCAUGCAUUGCUAUCUGGUUUAUCUCCCUUACCCUGGAAAUAAUCAAAUCUAUCAUCAGGCUGUACAUGAAUCGUAAAGCACAACAAAAACUUGCUCGGCAGAAAGUUCUUGAUAGUCAGGAAUCGGGCUUGGAAAGAACUGAACAGAACCAAGAGAUUGCAAACCGUUUGAAAAAACUCAAACAAGAGGAAGUUGGACUUUUCUUGGUCUUGCUACAUUCAACGGUUGACCUUCUAAAUGCGGGAAACUGGUUACCAAAAGGGGUUCUUUGGUCUGGUUGUUUUUCGCCCACCAAAUCGGGGCUCUUUGGAAUGGUUUCAUCCGUAAUCCUGCUGUAUAAAAUAUGGCCUAGCAGAGAGAAAAAACUUCUGUAGAUGUUUAAUUCUACACCUAUGACCGGGACAGAAAGCCCAGUGGUAAAGUGGUAAAGCACCUGUCUGAUGUGAGGUCAGGCUGGGAUCAAUCCCUAUCGGUGGGCCCAUUGGGCUAUUUUCUCAUUCCAAUUAGGACACCACAAUGGGUAUAUCAAAGGUCGUGGUAUGUGCUAUCCUGUGUCUGUGGGAUGGUGCAUUUAACAUAUUCCUUGCUACUAAUGGAAAAAUGUAGCAGGUUUCUUUUUUAAGAUUAUAUAUAUGGUAUUAGCAAGUGUUCCACUUCCAGUAGUCGAUUAAUAAAUCAAUGUGCUCUAGUGGUGUCUUUAAACAAAACAAACUUUUUCCCACAGUAAUGUUGUAUAGAGCCGGGUGGUAUUAAAAUUUGAGGUUUGGUAUCAGUAUGUUUUGAGUGAUUUACCUCGGUAUUUGGUGUUGACACUGUAUUUUCGGUAUACUUGGUGAUGUACCUCGGUAUCUGUACGGUAUUUGGUAUUGACACUGUAUUUUCGGUAUACUUGGUGAUGUACCUCGGUAUCUGUACGGUAUUUGGUAUUGACACUGUAUUUUCGGUAUACUUGGCUUUAAAUUCAUGCUUGAGUCAACGUUCACCCACUAAUUCCAUCUAAAUAAAAUUAAAUUACAUA